ACUGCUUUACCACCACUUGUUUUAUUUCUGCUUGUAGAGUAUAUCUCUUCAUUGAUUGCAUUCAGUUCUGCAAAUUCUUAGUAUCAAUGGCUUCUAGAUCUGUUCCUAAAUUCCUCCUCUUCUUCCUCCUACUUCCAUCAUUUGCCAUCAGCCAAAACAAUGGAACUACUAUCAGCACUAACCAGUCCUUCACUGCAGGUGAAGAGGCAACACCAUGGCUUUCUCCUUCCAGAGAUUUCGCACUCGGAUUCCGUCAGCUCGACACCAAUAUUAAUCUCUUCUUGCUUGCAAUCUGGUAUUACAAAAUACCCAGCAGAACCAUAGUCUGGUAUGCAAAUGGAGAUAAACCUGCACCCAGAGGGUCCAAAGUAGAGUUCACCACGGACCGUGGGCUCGUACUUGAUAACCCAGAUGGGAACGAGAUUUGGAGAACUAAUUUCAGUUCAAGUGUAGUUGCCAAUGGUGUUUUUACUGACAGAGGCAACCUUGUGAUUGGAAGUAGAAAUUCUGAAACUUUGUGGGAGAGCUUUGAUCAUCCGACAGACACAUUGUUGCCAACACAGGUAAUGGAUAGAGGAGGAGUGGUUUCUUCCAGGCGAACGGAGACCAACUUCUCCAGAGGAAGGUUUCGGUUUCAGUUGCUGGAAGAUGGCAAUGCUGUACUUAACACCAUAAGCUUGGAGACUGGCUUUGAUUAUGAUGCUUACUUUUGGAGUAACACUUUUAGCACUGACUCAUCAGUUGCAGGUUUUCAAGUAGUCUUCAACGAAUCCGGAUUGUUGUAUGUUUUGAGGGCUAAUGGAAGUAGAGUUAAUGUCUUAACGGGGGACAUACCUUCUACUAAGGACUACUAUCACAGAGCAACUCUCAGUUUUGAUGGUGUUUUCACUCAGUAUUAUCACCCAAAAGCCUUUUCUGGUAAUCCAAGUUGGUCUGUCGUGCAACGGGUACCGGAAAACAUUUGUUUGGAUAUACGUGCUGAAUUAGGUGCUGGGGCUUGUGGGUUUAACAGCAUAUGCAAAAUCACUGAAAGCAAGAGACCAGCUUGUGAGUGUCCUCCAGGGCACUCUUUACUUGAUCCAAAUGAUGCUUAUGGGAGCUGCAAACCAGAUUUCAGUCAGGGUUGUGAACAAUAUAAUUCAAGUUCUGCAGGAGAUCUAUCUUUUGAGGAGGUACAACACGUCGAUUGGCCGAUCUCUGAUUACGAGAGGCUUGACCCUUCCACUAUUGAGAUGUGCAGAUCAUCUUGUCUGAAUGAUUGUAUAUGUGCUGUUGCUAUAUUCAGAGGUAGCACCUGUUGGAAGAAGAAGCUACCUCUCUCAAAUGGCAGAGUUAACAGUGAUGAUAACGGCAUGGCUUUAAUCAAAAUCAGGAAAUCCAAUGAAGAGGAGAAGGAGAAGAAGAAUGCAAAGAACAUAUUGAUUGUGAUAGUGUCAGUGCUCUUUGGUGGCUCUUUCAUUGCCAACAUUGCAUUACUUGGAGCAUGUUGUCUUGGUUUCCUUGUCAUCAAUCAGAGCAAAUUCAAAAAACCAGACCAAGGUGAGAAUCUUUGGCAUGUAAAUUUGCACUGCUUUACUUACAAAGACCUUAUAGAAGCUACUAAUGGGUUCAAGGAAGAAGUAGGAAGAGGAGCUUUUGGCACUGUGUUCAAAGGCUUUAUCGGAACAAGUCCUAGUAGUGUGGUUGCAGUGAAGAGGCUAGACCGAGUCUUUCGGGAUGGAGAGAAGGAAUUCAAAGCUGAAGUGAAUGUAAUCGGGCAAACACAUCACAAAAAUCUUGUUAGACUGAUUGGAUAUUGUGAUGAUGGACAACAUAGGUUGCUGGUGUAUGAGUUCUUGAGUAAUGGAACCUUAUCGAGCUUCCUCUUUGAAUCAAAACCAAAACCGAAUUGGAAUUUAAGGAUUCGUAUUGCAUUUGGAAUUGCGAGAGGACUUUUAUAUCUGCACGAAGAAUGUAAUACCCAGAUCAUCCACUGCGAUAUAAAGCCUCAAAACAUACUUCUCGACGAUCAUUACAAUGCUCGGAUAUCCGACUUUGGAUUAGCAAAGCUGUUGAUGAUUGAUCAGAGCCACACUCACACAGCAAUCAGAGGAACAAAAGGGUAUGUUGCACCUGAAUGGUUCAGGAACAUGCCUAUAACAGUGAAGGUUGAUGUGUAUAGCUAUGGAGUUAUGCUGCUGGAGAUCAUAUGCUGCAGAAAAAGCGUAGAGAAUGAUUUUGAUGAUGGAGAAAAAGCAAUUUUGACCGAUUGGGCUUAUGACUGCUACAGAGAAGGAAUAGUGGAUGCUCUUGUAGAAGAUGAUGCAGAGGCCAUUAAUGAGAUGGAGAAGCUGAAGAGGCUCGUCAAGGUUGGCAUUUGGUGCAUUCAAGAAGACCCUUCUCUAAGGCCAACUAUGAAAAAGGUAUUACAGAUGCUUGAAGGAGUUGUGGAAAUACUUGAACCACCAUGUCCUAGCCCUUUCAGUAUGAUGACUGCCGUAACUAGUUUAUCUACUUAGUUGAAAUUGUUCAUGCAGUUUUUUUUUUUUUUUCGAUUACGGCCAUAUUUGAUAGAAUUUAAUUUGUCAAGUUGAAUACUAGCUUAUAAGUUGUGAAAAAUAAGUUAGCUUAAGCAAUGAAAUAAGCGUGUUUGGUAAAGCUUAUAGUAGACGCUAAUUUAUAAGAUGUGAAUAAGCUAUCAGGUAGAAUCAAAGCACAAAGCGUGUCAGGCGGCCAUUUGGUCCAAGUAGUAAGUAC